CUUUCUUUUUGUAGCGGAGUUGCACCUUGCACUUGCGAUUGCAAUUCCGUCAAUGCACUUGAACUAAUAUUUAAGCAGCCGUAUUCACAUCUAUCGUCCUUACUUUGACUGCAUAUUGCAAAUAUCCGUUCUAGAGUCUCUUUCUGCGCAUGCAAGCACGAUCUGACCCCUCCGAUCCUCAUCAGAUAGCUGGUUUCUUUUUGCUGCAACGCGAAAUUACCUACAAUUUGCGCCGACUCCAAACAUUUCCUAGUUCGACCACGUCCUUUUGUCGACCAGUUCUUGCGCGAUUGUCGCUUGAAUCAUGGAGUCCGACGAGAUUUCCGAUCAGUUUUUCACCUACGAUGGCAGACUAGAGUCAUUCAAGACUGCGCAUCCAGUCGCGCGCCGUCCAUCUAAUGCCAAGGGCAAAGGGUCAAAGACGCUUACAUGGCCCCAUGAAGAACCGAACCCUGUUCAACUCGCCCAAGCUGGACUUUUCUUCGAGCCGACACCUGACGCCCCAGAUAAUACCGUCUGUUUCCUGUGUAUUAAGGCUAUGGCAGGAUGGGAGUCAAGUGAUAGCCCCUUGGAAGAACAUCUUCGUUUGUCUCCACACUGUGGAUGGGCCAUUGUGGCGGCUAUCGACGCCGGGUUGGGAGAUUAUGCAGUAGACGAUCCUACUGGCACUGAGAUGACCGAAGCGCGCAAAGCCACGUUCGCCGGACGAUGGCCUCAUGAUGGCAAGCGCGGUUGGAAAUGCAAAACCAAGCAGCUUGUCGAUGCAGGUUGGAAAUACACUCCAACUGUUGACUCUGAUGAUAUGGUCAGCUGCACGUAUUGUUCCCUUGCUCUUGACGGAUGGGAACCCAAGGACGAUCCUUACGAGGAGCACUACAGGCGCUCUCCAGGAUGUCAAUUCUUCAAGCUAUUGACCCAGUACAAGAAAGGACUGGCCAAGAAGAAGGGUAGAGGCAAGGGUGCUAGAGCUUCCCAGUCGUCCCGACUUUCUGCCCAGUCGGUUGCUUCUACAGCAGCGUCGGACAUGGCAUCACUGCUUGAAAAUCCUGUCGAUCACGAAGAGAGUGUUAUGACCACCACUUCUGUUAUGACCCAAGGUGGCACGAAACGUAGCAGGGCGAAGAAGGGUACGGCCGUUAAGGGUAAGAAGACCAGGGCCAAGAAGGAGGCACCAGUUGAGGUGCUUGAAGACGAACCCGAGGUAGAGCAAGAACUACCUCCCCCACCCCCGCCGAAACCCACUCGAGGACGUAAACGAGCUAGCGACACCUUGGACGAUUCGGUGCUGACUACAGCGGAAGCACCAGCGACAAAGAAGCGAGCCACGCGCGCUCGAAAGAGGAAUACCGCCGAUGCCUCUGUCAUUGAUCAAGAUCACGAUCUGGAAAUGGUCGAUGCUAAUCCCGCACCAAAGUCAAAGGCGAAGGGCAGGAAGGGAAAAGCGACUACUAUUCGCAAAGGAAGAAACCUUUCGGAGGCGUCGACCAUCUCUACCACAUCCCAACAAGAAGACGCUGCUCAUGUGAUGGAUGACGAAGAGCUUGACAGACAGCUGGAGGCCGAUUUUGACCGCCCACUAUCUGAUGAUGAGAACAUCGCGGCUGAUUCGGAUUCAGACCGCAAGAGAGCCCCAGUGAAGUCAAAGGGCAAGAAGGCAACGACAAAGAAAGCUGCUACUGCGAAUCAUGAUGAGGCACGCAACGAUCAUGCUAUGUUCGAUCCAGAGCCCCCUACCAUUGAUGAAGGUGUCGUCGACGCUGAGCUGCAGGCAAUGGCAACAGAGUUGGAGAUCGAUCAAGACGAGACUCUCCAGGUUCCCAAGAAGGGUCGCAAGGCUGGCACUAGGAAGGCUUCUAAACAGACUACCAAGAAGGCCAAAGUACAGGAGCCCGUGGAGCCUGAGCCUGAACCUGGGCAACAGGACGCUGAGACUGCUAAUGAGGAUGAGUUGGCCGAGGGUCAUGAUGUGAGCAUCGUUAGCAAUGCGACUCUGGUUCGGACGAGCCUGUCGUCUAGCGCUGCUCCCAAGAAGCGUGGUCGACCGAGUAAGAAGGCUGCAGCAGCGAGUUCAGACUAUGCCAAGCCCGACGAACUUGCUGAUGGUGAAGCAAGAGUUGACAGCUCAUUCCGUUCUGAGCGUCGCGUGUCUGCAGAAAAGGCGCCCGUAGUCAAAAAGAAGUCUCUUGAGGCCCUAGCUUCCUCUUCCACAUCGGCUGACAAGCCACUCCCCCUACUUCCAGUUCCGUCCGAGGAACCUCAGGCUCCGACAACGCCCAAGGCCGCUAUCUCGCCUGCCCAGGCUGCAAGACAGGCCGUCGUCUCGCCGUCUCCGUCGCCACAAUCAUCUGACGCCGAGAACGAGCCGCCUUCUUCGAAGCCGUCGAAUACCGCAAACAGCAACAGAGUCGCCCUGGCCCCAGUUGCCGCCACACCGGUUCGAUCUUCACCAUCCAAGCGUAACGUUCUAGCCGGUCUGCAAAGCACCGUUCCCUGGACUGCAACUGAUGUCGAGAUGGUCUUCGAGGAUUUGGACAAGGAAAACACGCUUGGAUCGGCUAAGUACCUGAAGAGCGGACCGGAUUUGACAAGUCCCGAGAAGCGGAUGACCGUCGAGGAGUGGAUAUACCACAACGCAGAGGAGGCGCAACAGAAGCUGAAGCUUGAGUGUGAAACCAUGGUUUCGGCUUUCGAGAGGGAAGGUACCAGAGCCUUGCAGGCGCUGGAGGGCCUUGUUAUCGAUUGAACCGGUGGGACGGAUGAUGAUGCCUUGAAAUAGCUAGACUUUUGCUUUUCUGGGCCUAUGGUAGAUGGUUUCUACCAUAACUGUUGGAACCCAUAUGGAAGCACUGCAUGAAAAGUUGGCACUAUUAGUGUCUACUAUGUCACGAUACUUACGCCGGCGUUGGGGAUGCUUGUAUUCGGAUACAGAAAUGGGAAUGGAGACUGGAUGAAGGGUCUAGGCUAGAUUCGAUGUUUUACAUCCGGUCAUUAGAUGAUAAUGUCUCAACCAAUACAAACGAACAAAUUCAAUGAA